GCAAGCGAAUGCGAGAGGGACAGCAGCAGCAGCAAAUGUCAUCUGGUCUUUCAACUUGGGGAGGGCUUUGGAGUUUAAAAUGGUGUGAAUAUGAUAGCCGUAGCCAUCGGAAUAGCUUAAGCAAGUGGAGAUCUGUCUGCACCAUUGAAAGUUGACAGUUCAGAGGCACUAAUCUGACAAAGGACGGUGUAAAUCAACAACCGCACACCGUUUUUGGAUACAACACAAACCAAAACGCUUGGGGAGCUCGACAAAAAGGCACUUUUCUCUCGUGCGGCCGCAUGAGACGAGGAAGUUGGGAGGACACCUCGGGCAAAAGGGCAAAAGGGGGGAGACACUGAGGAGGUGAGUGACGGAUUUACCCUCGGAGGGGUAAAAAGAUGACCGUGGUGUCCCAGGAGAACCACGACGACACUGUGGUCGUAACGCCUCUGCUGCAGGAUGCUGUCGACGCGGAACCAGCGGACCAGGAGUGCACCGAGAGGGUGGUCAUCAACAUCUCGGGUCUGCGCUUCGAGACGCAGCUAAAGACCCUCUCCCGCUUCCCGGCCACGCUUUUGGGAGAUCCGCGCAAACGGAUGCGCUUCUUCGACCCGCUGAGAAACGAGUACUUCUUCGACAGGAACAGGCCGAGCUUCGAUGCCGUCCUCUACUAUUACCAGUCGGGGGGGCGGCUUCGGAGGCCCCUGAGUGUGCCGGUGGACAUUUUCCUGGAGGAAUUGCGGUUCUACGAACUCGACGAAGAGGUCAUAGAGAUGUUCCGCGAGGACGAGGGUCUGGCGCGGGAGGAGGACCGCCCGCUGCCGAACAACGUGUAUCAGCGCCAGUUGUGGCUCCUGUUCGAGUACCCGGAGAGUUCGGGACCGGCGCGGAUCAACGCCAUUGUGUCAGUUAUGGUUAUUUUAAUAUCCAUCAUUAUAUUCUGCUUGGAGACUUUACCCGAGUUUAGAGAAGUCCCCGCAGUGCCGGCCAAUCCCGCCAAUGGAAGUGCUCACGGCCAAGAGCCCAGUCCGUUUACGGAUCCGUUCUUCAUGGUGGAGACACUUUGCAUCGUGUGGUUCUCCUUUGAGUUCACCAUGAGGUUCCUCUCCUGUCCCAGCAAAGCAGCUUUCUUUAAAAACAUCAUGAACCUGAUCGACGUCGUGGCCAUAGCUCCGUAUUUCAUCACCCUGGGCCUUGAUCUCGCAGAGCACCAGGGCAGCAGUCAGCAGGCUGCGUCUCUGGCCAUCCUGAGGGUCAUCCGUCUGGUGCGCGUUUUCAGGAUCUUUAAACUUUCCAGACACUCAAAGGGUCUCCAGAUUCUCGGCCAAACGCUUCACGCAAGCCUCAGGGAGCUGGGACUUCUCAUAUUCUUCCUGAUUAUUGGAGUUGUUUUAUUUUCCAGUUCGGUUUAUUUUGCAGAAGCAGAAGACCCCGAGUCGGUAUUCACAAGCAUACCCGAUGCGUUUUGGUGGGCCGUGGUGACAAUGACCACGGUGGGGUACGGGGACAUGUAUCCCACCACCAUCGGGGGGAAAUUCGUUGGAUCUCUGUGCGCCAUCGCCGGAGUGCUAACCAUCGCGUUGCCCGUCCCCGUCAUAGUGUCAAACUUCAAUUACUUCUACCACAGAGAGAACGAGGAUGAAGAAAAUGUCCUGUACGUGCACGUGACGUGCGGACAGCAGCAGCAGCCUUCCUCGAGGGAAUGUGAUUCAAUCAAAAGUGACCAGUCGCCAUCCAAAACGGAGUCAUCUCAGGGGAGCGACGACUUGGAAGCUUUGACAUAUCCGAACAUAACGCCGGUGGAGACAUACGUAGCGAGACUGACAGAUGUAUAGAACCUUGGGAUACCUGUUUCUUGUGAGUUGUCAUUGGGUGGACAUAACCAACAAUUUAGGCUGCUUCGUGUCGGAUGGUGCAGUUGUCGGUUUUUACGCAAGCUGUCUGUGGUGGUUCCUAAACUGGAGCGCUAGAACUUCAUCCAUACUCCCACUUCAAGAGGAGGGUUUGCUUUGAUUCACUCCAUGGCAAGUGAAAAGUAAUAAUCAAUUAGGGAGCUGUUCACCAACGCGUAAAACGCACGAGUCCUCACAGGACAACAUAUGAGACGCUCCACGUGGAAUAUUUGAAACACAAUCAGCAAAAUUUGAAUUUCACGAUAACAAACUUCCAAUCUUUGAAGGGAAAGUAAAACAUUGAACGAAAAAAUGUGUAGAUGUUCUCUUAUAUAUCUCUCAUUUUAGGCAAACAUGUCUAUUUAAAAAGCUGGAGCUAACGCACGAACCCAACUUUGCCCUCCUAUUUCUGAGAAGAUCACACAUCCUGUUCCUAAAGUCCAGACGUUCACGUAGAAGAGGAGAGGUAAGCCGUGCGUCAAAGGGCGCGCGGGACGCCACUGACCACCAGCGAACAGCAAACAUCUCAUGAUCAUCAGAUUCUUUUCCAAAAUGGAGACAGCUCUCUAGAGAUACAACUCAUAUAACACUCAACGUUUUCUUGCAGCUUGUAAAUAAUCUUUCAUAUGACUCGGAUCGGAAGAAAUGAGCACUGAGCGCCACUCUGUGGAGGAUAAACAUCCCUGCAGACAAAGCUUGUGCUCAGGCUCAACUUUGUGUAAAAUGAAUAUUUCAGCAUAUCUUUGUUGCAGCUGGCAUGGACUGAUUUGGGCAUCAGCCCCUAAGCGCCUGCUAUUUGACUCUGUAUGCAUCCGGACGCUUGUUAACUGAGCCCAGCAGAAGUCUGGCUGCUUUCUCUCACUGUUCAGUGGGUUUAGUGGGUUUUAUUUUCCGUUUACUUACAGCAAGCAGACAAUUGCAAAACGUGUUUUCCCAUAAAGUCACAACUCAAUUGGAUCAUUUUCUCGCUGAUAUUUGUGCAUUGCCAGUGUUUCAGCCCAGAGAACUCGUGGAGGAAACUCGUUGGGAAGUUCAGUCUCCCUUUAUUGAGACCGUGUUUAUUAUCAGUAAGAAAACGACAUAUUUUUUUUAUGUCGGCUGUAUUAAUGACCACGCUUUAUUACUAUAAAAGCCCUUUGCAUACCGCAAUUUUUUUGUAUUUCUCGACUUCCCCGUUUCUUAGCUUUAAAUGCUAAGUUGGAAUCGCAAUUUACCCGCGUGUCAUUCUGAUUAAUUGCAGCAUGUUGUAAACGACAAGCACAUUGCAACGUAACGUCUGCAUGACACGAGUGCUUUUAAAUGUAAUGAUUAUAUAUUUAUUUUUAUAAUUAAAAAAUGUAU